UUCACCACCCGAAUCAAAAAAGAAAAAGCAAUUAAGCAGGAAAAAACAAAUAGUAAUACCAAAGAAAAACACCAUGACGAAGUCGGUAAUAAUCAUUGCCUCCGCCCUCUGCUUCAUGUCCCUCCUUGGUUUCGCCUACUGCGACACCCCACACCUGAUCGUGGAGGGCAGGGUUUACUGCGACACGUGCCGCGCUCAGUUCGUUACCAAGGUCAGCAACUACAUAAAAGGUGCAAAGGUGCGGUUGGAGUGCAGAGAGAGUGAAGGAGGGAGCGUGACAUACAGCAACGACGGAGUGACCGAUGAGAGCGGAACAUACCGGAUUGCGGUUGAUGGCGACCACGAGGAGGAGGUGUGCGAGGUUAAGCUAGUGAAGAGCAGCGUCCCCGACUGCUCGGAGAUAAGCAACGACCCAUACAACAAGCUAAACGCUAGGGUUAGCCUCACAAGCAACAAUGGCAUAACAAGCCCAGUACGCCAAGCCAACCCUCUCGGCUUCCUCAAGAAGAAUUCUCUUCCCGAGUGCCCCGAGGUCCUCAGAGAGCUCGGAAUCACCCCCGAAGGCCUUGUAUGAGGAAACAAAAACACAUGAUUAUAAUUGAUUAAUGUUUUGGUUCACGUCAAGUCAUGUUUACUUAAUUAGGGUCAAUUAAUUCCUUUAAAAUAAAAAAAGGGUUUUUCUUCCCUGUUAUUAUAUGAUGAUCAUGUCAUUCGUUUUAUCUCUGUACUUAAUGUUUACAAUUAAGGAGUUUUUCUUGUUUAACUCCUCAUAAUGUUUGAGUGACUUGUUACGCCUUGUACUUGGACUAAUUUAUACUACUCCUU